CCUCGAACAUAUCUAAUACAACUUCUGGACUAGACAAUAACUCAUUGGUCACGUGCACGGGAACUAACUUUCUAAUAAACGAAAACAACCAUCAUAAUGAUGCAACGGAGUCCAAUGUCAAGUAUGCGUAUAUAAUUGUAGCUGUGUACUGUGGUAUAGUGGGCCUGCUGUUCUUUUUUGUUGCUAUCAAAAUGAAAACAAUUCGUGCUUUGAGACAAGGAACCAAAACCCUCAAUAAUAAUCAGUCGACAGAGUCAACUAAGGCACCACUUAAUAAAUGCUAUAGGAUCAAAAUGCUGUUUUUUGUGAUUUUGAUCAAUUACGCACAUGCUGGAGUUCAAAUUGGCCUUAAUGGAGUUAUUACGACCUUCUCUGUUGAAGGACUUAAAUGGACAAAAGAUCAUGGAACAGCUAUAGCGUCGGUGUUUGGAGGUGCAAUUACCCUUUCAUGCAUACUAGGAACUUUUGCAGCCAAGAUAUUGUCGCAAACAAAAAUGAUAUCAAUACAGCUGUUGACCAUGCUCUUGUCAAUGGCCACCAUGGUAGUGUGUGUUCAGAUGCACACUUAUGUCCUAUGGGUGGCAGUAAUUUUGAUUGGAUUAUCGGCUGGCAGUAUGAAUGCCUCGAUAUAUUC